UCAUACUACCAUGACAGUCCGGCUGGUGGCAGUAAUGUAGACGACAAUACGAAAUCCCUUGUAGUGUUCACUUCAACAAAGGUAGCAUAUGCACGUGGUGUUCUUGACAAGCGAACAAUUGUUUUAAAUUUCAGUACAUCAACUUAAAAAUCAAAGAUUUCGAUAUGAUAGACGCAAAUAGCGAAGAAGUCAAUCCUGAAACCGUCGUUAAUGCUUGGAAAAUCAAACUACCAGAAUUCAAGCAAGAACACAAUCCACACGGCCUUUUAGAGGAAAGUUCAUUUGCAACGCUUUUCCCUAAAUACAGAGAAGUGUACCUCAGAGAAUGUUGGCCCCUUGUCCAGAAAGCCCUUAGUGAACACAAUUUGAAAGCAGAGCUAGAUGUGAUUGAGGGCAGUAUGACAGUUAAGACCACCAGAAAGACAUGGGAUCCAUACAUUAUCCUUAAAGCUCGUGACAUGGUCAAGCUACUUGCCAGAAGUGUUCCAUAUGAACAAGCAACCAAAGUCCUGAAUGAUGAUGUGGCAUGUGAUAUCAUAAAGAUUGGAACCCAAACGCAAAAUAAAGAUCGUUUUGUGAAAAGGAGACAAAGAUUAAUUGGUCCUAAUGGAUCAACACUUAAAGCUUUGGAGUUAUUAACAAGUUGCUAUAUUCUUGUUCAGGGCAAUACUGUUUCAGCUGUUGGGCCAUAUCGUGGCCUUCAACAAGUUCGCAGAGUGGUUGAAGAUACCAUGGAAAAUGUUCACCCUAUAUAUCAUAUUAAAGCCCUCAUGAUAAAAAGAGAACUCGCGAAAGAUGAGAAACUAAAAAAUGAGUCGUGGGAGCGUUUCCUGCCCACAAUACCACACAAGAACACAAGCAAGAGAAAGCAACCUGCAAAGAAACGUGCAAAGAAGGAAUACACACCAUUCCCUCCGGCACCACCAGAGAGCAAGGUCGACAAGUUGCUGGCUACUGGCGAAUAUUUCUUGAAAGAAGAACAGCGUAAGCAGCGCAAAAAGAACGAGAACCAAGAAAAACAAGAACAAGCGGAAGUCCGAAGAAAAGAGCGACGAGAAAGCGCGUUUAUUCCACCACAAGAACCAAGCUCGUCUGGAACCAAAUCAGCCACAGCUUCGGACGUGAACGUAGAAGAGUUAAAAAAUAAAAUUCGAAAAAGCCAAGCUAAAAGUAAACGUGUGUAAAACUUAGCAAAAUUCCCAACUGACUGAAAUAUAAACGGUCUGGCACAAAUUUCAAGCUCCAUCAAUGAAGACGCUGCUCCAUCUGUCUGUGACUAGAACGUUGUUGAUUUUCAGCGGGAUCAUUUACGAUGGUUGCGUACGUCAGAAAGAAGUCCAUGGAUCUCGUUUUGCCAUAAAUGAAAGGAUUAGUUCUCAGCGAGUAAAUAUGAACUCUUGGGUAUCUA